CUCCUGUGUUCAGCCUAUAUAAGGCUGGCAGUCCCGGCUCUCGGUACACGCGCUUCAACUUCGGUUGGUGUGUGUCGAAGAAACCUGACUACGACCUGAGGAGAACACCGGAGAGCGUCCACCGAGCCUUGCGCAAGGUCCACUGAGCGGGCUCGCGUCCGGAGCCACUCCGGGCUGCCGAGCACCCGGUGGAACCCGCUGCCGGGCUCAGGUGUGGGACCUCGUCCUUGGCGUCCUCGCAGAGGGGUCCUCGCGUGGUGAGUAUGCGAAAUAAGCGGAUUUUGAAAACAAAGAGAAGAAGGGGUGUAAGAGGGGGCCAGGAUCCAGGCCUCCAUCCCCACAUCAGUGAAGCUACAGCCGGGAGGUCUCCUCCCACCACAAUCGUCAUCCUGGGUCCCGCAGGUCCAGCCGACUGCCCCCCUCCUCCCCCUCCCCCUCCCCCCAACAACAACAACAACAACAACUCCAAGCACAGCGGCCACAGGAGCCCCUGUGUGCCCAACAUGACCGAACGCCGGAGGGACGAGCUCUCUGAAGAGAUCAACAACCUCAGAGAGAAGGUCAUCAGGCAGUCCGAGGAGAACAACAAUCUGCAGAGCCAGGUGCAGAAGCUCACUGAGGAGAACACCACCCUUCGUGAGCAAGUGGAGCCCAUCCCCGAGGAGGAGGAAGAUGACAUCGAGCUCCAGGGAGCUGCAGCUGCUGCUGCCCCACCCCCUCCAGUCGAGGAAGAGUGCCCAGAAGACCUUCCCGAGAAGUUUGAUGGCAACCCAGACAUGCUGGCUCCUUUCAUGUCCCAGUGCCAGGUCUUCAUGGAAAAGAGCACCAGAGAUUUCUCCAUUGAUCGCGUCCGCGUCUGCUUCGUGACAAGCAUGAUGACCGGCCGUGCUGCCCGCUGGGCCUCAGCCAAGCUGGAGCGAUCCCAUUACCUGAUGCACAACUACCCUGCUUUCAUGAUGGAAAUGAAGCAUGUCUUUGAAGACCCUCAGAGGCGAGAGGCUGCCAAACGCAAGAUCAGACGUCUGCGCCAAGGCAUGGGUUCUGUCAUCGACUACUCCAACGCUUUCCAGAUGAUUGCCCAGGACCUGGAUUGGAACGAGCCUGCGCUGAUUGACCAGUUCCAUGAGGGCCUCAGUGACCACAUCCAGGAGGAGCUGUCCCACCUCGAGGUCGCCAAGUCUCUGUCUGCCUUGAUCGGUCAGUGCAUUCACAUUGAGAGAAGGCUGGCCAGGGCUGCUGCUGCUCGCAAGCCCCGUUCCCCACCCCGGGCGCUGGUGAUGCCGCACGUUGCAAACCCGCACCAGGUGGAUCCCACCGAGCCUGUGGGAGGAGCCCGCAUGCGCCUGACCCAGGAGGAAAAGGAGAGACGCCGAAAGCUGAACCUGUGCCUCUACUGCGGAAACGGAGGUCACUAUGCCGACAACUGUCCUGCCAAGGCCAACAAGUCUUCACGCGGGAAACUCCCCGGCCCCGCUGUAGAGGGACCUUCAGCGACCGGGCCAGAAAUAAUAAGGUCCCCACACGAUGAUGUCUCUUCAUCUGCACACUUACAAGUGAUGCUCCAGAUUCAUCUUCCGGGCAGACACACCCUGUUCGUCCGAGCCAUGAUCGAUUCUGGUGCUUCUGGCAACUUCAUUGAUCACGAAUAUGUCGCUCAAAAUGGAAUUCCUCUAAGAAUCAAGGACUGGCCCAUGCUCGUGGAAGCAAUUGAUGGGCGCCCCAUAGCAUCGGGCCCUAUCGUCCACGAAACUCACGACCUGAUAGUUGACCUGGGAGAUCACCGUGAAGUGCUGUCAUUUGAUGUGACUCAGUCUCCAUUCUUCCCUGUCGUCCUAGGGGUUCGCUGGCUGAGUCUACAUGACCCCAACAUCACCUGGAGCACUCGAUCUAUCGUCUUUGAUUCCGACUAUUGUCGCUACCACUGCCGGAUGUAUUCUCCAAUACCACCAUCGCUCCCACCGGCAGCACCACACCCGUCACUCUACUAUCCAGUAGAUGGGUACAGAGUUUACCAACCAGUGAGGUAUUACUAUGUCCAGAACGUGUACACUCCAGUAGAUGACCACGUCUACCCAGAUCACCGUCUGGUAGACCCCAACAUUGAAAUGAUACCUGGAGCACACAGCAUUCCCAGUGGACACGUGUACUCACUGUCCGAACCUGAAAUGGCAGCUCUCCGAGAUUUUGUGGCCAGAAAUGUAAAAGAUGGGCUGAUUACUCCAACAGUUGCGCCCAAUGGAGCACAAGUUCUCCAAGUGAAGAGGGGGUGGAAAUUGCAAGUUUCUUAUGAUUGCAGAGCUCCAAACAGUUUCACUAUCCAGAACGAGUAUCCUCGUCUAUCUAUUCCAAAUUUAGAAGACCAAGCUCACCUGGCAACAUACACUGAAUUCGUACCUCAAGUACCUGGCUUUCAGACAUACCCACCGUAUACCACGUACCCGACUUACCCAGUAGGCUUCGCCUGGUACCCAGUGGGACGAGAUGGGCAAGGAAGAUCUCUCUACGUACCUGUGAUGAUCACCUGGAAUCCACACUGGUAUCGCCAGCCUCCGGUACCACAGUACCCGCCGCCGCAGCCGCCGCCCCCGCCGCCGCCACCGCCGCCGCCUCCCUCCUACAGUACCUUGUAAAGACCCGUCGUGUCCUUCAGGAUCUCUGCCCUCAAAAUUUAUUCCUGUUCAGCUUCUCAAUCAGUGACUCUGUGCUAAAUUGGGCUACUGUAUCUUCAGGGCAACUGAGGCACAUCCUCUCUGAAAUGCCUGUGGAAGGUCAGGGCCACCAGAAAAUCCUGGAAGCCUGGGUUUUACCUGCUAAAACCUCUAUCACCAUCUAAAUUAUAGGCUGCCAAAUUCCUUGUUUAACAUUUACAGAGAAGUUGAUACAAACAGGAAAUGCUGAUUUCUUUAUGGAGGGGGAGACAAAGAGGAGGACAUGACUUUUCUUGCUGUUUCAGCCUGAUAAAGGAAGCCAAAAUAACUGGUGCAGUGUGGAAAGGCUUCCAUGAUCCUCUUGCUGCACCUUUAAAAACUUCACCAUCUUCAAACUCCAUUUUCGUGGUUCUGUUAUUUCUCAAGGAGCAGCAACUCGACCAGUUCUCUUAGAAGCAGGCAAAAAAACAUGAGACCCCUCAGGCCUGAAAAGAAAGUGCUCUCUCAGAUGGACUCUUGCAUGUUAAGUGUGUGCCUUCACAUCCUGGUGCAAACCACAUGUACCCAAGAACUCUGUCUUUGACACAACACUUUACCAUCAUCAUGCCAGUAAUGGCUUCCACAAAGCAUUGAAUCUGGUAACCAGCAAUUACUGGUGAUUCCAGGGGUGUCUGUGAAGUGAUGUGACCUUUUAAUCAUUUAUGAGGGCUAAAGAAAAAUCAAAAGAAUUUCAAAUUCCCAUACCCAACACUAAGAAGAGACUUGGAGUUAAUUUGCAUGAGCAUCAUCAAUUGGCUGGAAAAGUACCAGGUGAAGUUUUAGAAGCAUCUGUCCAUGUCUCUGCCUCCAUAUGCAUGUGGACAUUCCAUCAUUAGUCCCCUCAUUAGACUGUAGCAUUAGGAUGUCUGGAGAGAGAAACUGAUUGGGCACUCAGAUCUGCAUUUCUAUGCCUGGGAGCAAUGUCUUUGAAGAAGAGGAAUUAGAGCACUGGAUACUGCCUUGAGGAUUUAGACUUCCUUCUAAGAAGCACAUUCAAUGGAUGACCAGGGAUCACAGGACACAAAGUAACAGACAACACAAGAGUUGUCUUCAAUCCGGUGACACGUCUGGUGUCUCCUGGAGGCUUUGUGCUAUCCUGGGACUGCCUGACUUCCUUUAACCUGGUCCCUUGCUACUACCUUGAACUGUUCGUCUAACCUCUCUCUUUCUUUUAAUUCUUUACUACUGCCAUUAACCCUGCUGCAGGAUUGGUGUCACCUUCCUGCCUGGUUGCUGAGACUCCCAUUUUUGCUGCCAUGCACGGAGACGAAAGAGGCAGACUUCAAUUGCCAGAACACAGGUUAAGCAGUAGAAAACAUGGUUUUAUUUCCCAUUGCCUAUCAUGAGGAGGAGUCUGAUGGUGAAGUUUCAUUUUUUUCAUCAGCAUCUUUCAUGUAUUCAUUAUCCCCCACCCUUAUUCUUGCAUGUUUAAAUAUUUAGCUAUAGUAGUGUUCUUUAACAGUGUUUUAAAGUGGUGACUAUGCUUUCAAAGAUUUCCAUUGAAUUACAAAAUACAAUUCUUAGAGUUAAAUUAGUAUAAGUGAUAAAUAACAUAGUGUAAAGUAUUUCUUUACUGUGAACUUACAAUACUGUGAAUGAGAGGCUCCUUAGAACUGGAGUAUUUGUGUAAUAUUUUAACCUGUUGAUCCUGAAUCAUCAAUUUGAAUAUCAUAUAUAAUUUCGCUUCUAUCAAUUAGGCCUUUAAAAUUAUACAAAAUGAUUAUAUAAUUUCAGAGAAGAAACCUAAUUGGCUAUUUAUCUAAUAAAAAACAUUUUUUUCAGUGGAAUCAGAAAGCUUGUCAAUCACUUGUGUUUUUGAGUAAUUAUUUUUAAAGUGGUGCAUUUGUGCUUCUGAACGAUUUUGAAGCGUUACACUCGUAUACCUCAUAUCAAUUCAUCCUCCAUAGAUUUGAAUUCACGUUGUUCUGUGUCAAAUUUAUGGUUGUCAAUUGAUCCUUUAAGCUGCAGAGUGCCUUGAAAUGGGCCUUGUCUGCAGCCCCCCUUCCCCGGCAUGUGCACACAUGGACAUUUGCCGCCACUGCAAGCAAAAGAAGCUGGAAAAGCUGGCCAAGGACAGGAAUGGUCAGGGAGAGCAUGCUGAUGUGGGUUAACAACUCACAAAGUCCCUGACACACAAUGACUGUUUACUGAAGCUUGUGAUAAACUGUUUGGCAGUGUGUGCUAUGCUCUAUUGCUAUAUAUGCUAUCUAUAAAUGUAGAUGAUAAGGAUAAGUAAUUUUAAAUUUAUUAUUCUAUAGUAUUGAAGUUUGGUUAAGUUUCCUUUCACUUAAUUGAUUUAUUUUAUUGCUGUUGAUCAAAUUUUUGUUAUUUUAAUUUUGUUUCUUGAAUUUUUUUUUUUGGCAUUUUCCAACAGAAAUGCCUUUAUUCAUAAGAAAGGAAAAAGCAAGGGAAUUUAAUGUCUAAAGAAGUUAGAAAGGGAGCAAAAUAAAAACAAGGCAGGUGGAUAAAUCAAAACAUCAGAAUUAUUAAGCCAAGUAGAUAGUCAAGGGUUUGAAACAAACUGGCAAAAUUACUUAAUUGACUUUUGGCCCAAAUUUGCAUUGUAAAUUUAGGAAAAAGGUGAUGUAAGAGCUCCUAUUGCUAAGGAAAGUCUAGAGAGAACUAGCUAAGGUUGUUAUUGUAGGGUACUGAGACAGAGAAAGUUUACAUACAUUUCUGAAGGAUCAGUUUAGUUUGAACAAUGAGGUAUUUGUCUUAGAUGCCAGAAAAAGAAUUAGUUUGAUUAAAUCAGGGGAAGUAGUAUAGUGAACUUGAAGGGGUACAUCUAUAUGGUAUGGUCUAGAAUUCUGUUUAAGUUUGCAGGUACCUCUUGGACUUCUGAAUUGAUCCAGUCAUCAUCCACCAUAGACAUCCCACAUCAGAUACAGUUCCAAGAUGGACAACAGAGAAUACCCUGCUGGAAAAAAGACCUGGGCAGCAAUGAGGGACCACCUGGAGAAAUGAAGAGCCUGGUGGGAACCAUUUUCAUCUAAAGAGAGAACACUCAUCUGAUGGGACUGAAAGUUGUUUGUUGUUUCAGAUUGUAGACUGCUGUUGAGUUGGUCUGUGGAAAAUUGCAUUGUUUUAUUUCUUUGUGUAAUCACUUUAAGUAAUAGGGGAUAUAUAUAUAAUCAUAAGUAUUUUAGGGUGGGAGGGACUAUUAAGUAAUCUUAAGUGGGUGGGGUUAUUUAGAAAGUUAGAAUAAUAGUGUGUAUUAGGUAUCUCUAUAAGUGGACAUGUGUACUUACUUAUGACCUUUUACCCUGUAAUUCCUACCCUUAAGGAUUCCAAAUAAACUCAGAGGGACCUAACUGCAGGGAGAUCAACCUACUUAAAGUGAAUUGGACGUGGAUAAAACCUAGGAGGAAAAAGUUAAAAGGUUAACAGUUUAGUAGAUGCCCUAGGUAGACGGACAGAUACCUUUUGAGAUAUUUUUGCUGGAAUGAAAUUGGUCAUGAUGGAUGGUAAAUAUUCAUGGAAGUUCUAGGAAAGUGAUGAAUAAACACCCUUGCUUUCCCCCUGUCAGUAGCCCUCCCCCACCCUGCCUCCUCUCCUGACCCCUGCAUCUCCCUCCCCGACCCUUCAAACUAUAUUGCUGUAUUCUCUUUACUCUGUAUUUCUCUCUAUUUACUAAUAUUGUAUCGAUGUUAUAAAAAUAAUUCAAUAAAGAUUUAGUGGUUAAGUGCAAA